GUUAUACGUAGAAGUUCCAGUGGCAGGGGGUCAGUGUAAAACGGCCUUCUGUCCGCAACGUGUCGAACGUCGUUUCUAUAAGCGAGUCAGUUGCCGCAGUGUCACUCCAGUUCGUUUACAAACACGUCCCAUAGCCAGAAACCGGAGUGGAUCGUUUCGUCGUUCGGUAACACGACAGAAAGUGUCGAAACGUUGUGGCCAUCGUCGAUAAAACACGCUGACUCGCAGUGUACGAGGAUUAAAGACUAUCGCGCACGUUAAUGGCUGCCAGGGUCGUCGGCUAGGAGCCGUUUAACGAAGUUUCGUGCUGCCAGUGCUAUAAUACAGCCCGUAACCGAUGAGUGUUAGGUUGGCAGGCGGACAUAUGGUGAAGCAGAGGAGGUUUAUCGGAAAUACGAAUAACAAGAUGAUCAACAUACGAGAAUAUUUAUAGGCUUUUUAGGUGAAAUCGUGGAAUAUAUACGUGUCCAUAUACACCGUGUAUAGGAUCAGUGAACGACGAGUGAACACGCGGAUCGAUUUGCAUGCCGCUGAAGGAGAGCACACGGCCUCGUAGCCACGACGCAACCGGUCACGUUCCGAUAGGCGACAAAUUGUAAAACGUGUGCGCUGCCCAGGUAUCCAGAGUGAAUGUAAAAUAAACGAUCUUCGAUAGAUUUCAGAGGACGACAGCAGCGGCGCGUACAUACGCGUCCGUUUAGUUAUGAUUAGCCUCUGCGAUAACAGCCUGAUUUCUCAUUUUUACAUAAUCCUGGCGAGAUGUUUGAUUUUCACGUGCAGAUCCGAUUUAUCGAGCGUUCGUACGAGAAACGAAUUUGAAGAGGUUUUCGUGGAAGCGUGUUAAAGAUAAAAUACAGCGAAGAAAAAUUGAGAUAAAGAACGAGGAAAACAUGAGUCCUUCGUAACACGCGCUGCAAAGAAAGAUCAACUAUUGAUACAGCUGCCGUAUAUGCUCGUUCACGCAAUUGUUGCUCAGCGAGUUCGUGCUUUGUGUUAGACAGGUUUUUCUUAGGUUUCCAGCGAUUCUAGUAUUUCUAAAGAGAUAGAGGACAAGCCAAAGUAAACCAGUGAUAUUUUUUAUGCAGUAUUUUUCUUCCAUUAUUGCGAAUGAAAUAAAGCGAGCGAGAAAGAGAGAAGAAGUGACUAACGAGUCGUAUUUGUUGAAAAAUUUAAGAGGAUUAAGAAUAUAUUAAUAUACUGGAUGAGUUUUUAAACACCAGAGAGAUUUUUUUAUUUUUUUCUACGACUCGAGCGCCGACAUCGGCAGAUUUCCUUCAAAAUGAGUUGUUAAUUAAGAAUGCGCGAUGACACGGCGAAUUUGUCAGUGGACAGCAAAUCCGCGCGAGAAGGCGCAGGGUAUGGAAAUGGAACCCCAAAAAACAAACUCUCACCGCCAGGAAAAAAUAUUCUUGAAGUACACGCUCCAAGAUGCGAAGAAGGAUAAAGAGGAAACUCAGUAUAUGCUACAAGAGAAUGGCGAUCCAAUUGAAUUCGUGCCACCUCAAACGAAGGAGGAGGAGAAGCCGGUUGCGCCGGAACAAUCCUUGCCACCAGUGCCUUAUUUCAAACUCUUUCGAUUUGCAACAUGCGGGGAGUUGAUGCUGAUUUUUGGUGGCCUGAUCAUGGGAACUUUGACAGGCCUGUGCAUCCCCAUUUCGACGAUUCAAUAUGGUGAAUUCACCACAUUGCUGGUGGAUCGUAAUACGGAGAAUCAAUCGAGUACACCGACGCUUAUAUUGAAGUGGUUCGGAGGAGGAAAGGUCUUGGGACCCAAUGAAACAUACGAAGCGAGGAUGAGCGCGCUGUACGACGACUCGGUUGCGUUUGGUGUAUCCUCCGCGGCGCUAUCCACGUUCCAAUUUUUCUUUGCCGUGUUCACGGUCGAUUUAUUAAAUAUCGCGGCUUCUAGACAAAUCGCUCGAGUACGUAAGAUGUUCCUUCGCGCUGUUCUUAGACAGGAUAUGACGUGGUACGAUACCAACACGUCGACCAACUUCGCCAGUAGAAUUACCGAAGACUUGGACAAGAUGAAGGAAGGCAUAGGAGAAAAACUGGGCGUGUUCACGUACCUCAUGGUCUCCUUCAUCUCCUCCAUCAUCAUAUCGUUCGUAUACGGCUGGAAAUUAACGCUGGUGGUACUAAGUUGCGCACCAAUCAUCGUCAUAGCCACUGCCGUAGUAGCGAAAGUUCAGAGCUCCUUAACAGCUCAGGAGUUGAACGCUUAUGGCCAAGCUGGUAGAGUGGCCGAGGAAGUAUUAGGCGCCAUCAGGACCGUGAUCGCCUUCAAUGGAGAGGAAAAGGAAGUGGAGAGAUACGCUGAGAAACUAGUACCAGCCGAGAGAACUGGAAUAAGACGUGGAAUGUGGUCCGGCGUUGGUGGUGGCGUGAUGUGGUUCAUCAUAUACAUCAGCUACGCAAUCGCGUUUUGGUACGGAGUUCAGCUGAUCCUUGAGGACAGGCCAAAGGAUGUGAAGGAAUAUACACCAGCAGUGUUGGUGAUCGUGUUCUUCGGUGUGCUAGCUGGCGCUCAGAAUAUGGGUCUGACAUCGCCGCAUCUCGAAGCGUUCGCGGUGGCGCGUGGUUCAGCCGCGGCGAUUUUCCAGGUGCUUGAUCGCGUGCCAACGAUCGAUAGCUUGAGCAAAGAUGGCCAGAAGCUUCCAUCCGUCAAUGGUGAGAUCGAGUUCAAGAACGUACACUUCCAGUAUCCCGCUAGAAAGGACGUGAAGGUGUUGCAAGGUUUGAAUCUGAAGAUCAAUCGGGGUGAGACCGUGGCACUCGUCGGUGGAUCCGGCUGUGGCAAGUCUACUUGUCUCCAGCUCAUCCAACGUCUUUACGAUCCUCAUAAGGGACAGGUUUUACUGGACGGCGUGGACGUGGCGAAGUUGAACGUUCAAUGGCUCCGUUCACACAUAGGCGUGGUCGGCCAGGAACCGGUGCUCUUUGACACAACGAUACGGGAGAAUAUCCGGUACGGAAAUGACAGCAUUACCGAGGAGGAGAUGAUCAAAGCCGCGAAGGAAGCGAACGCUCACGACUUCAUCAGUAAACUGCCCGAGGCCUACGAUAGUCCCGUGGGAGAGAGAGGAUCGCAAAUGUCCGGCGGACAGAAACAAAGGAUCGCGAUUGCUCGAGCUCUGGUUAGACGACCGGCUAUACUUUUACUGGAUGAAGCUACGUCUGCUCUGGACGUUCAUAGCGAAAACACUGUGCAAAGAGCUUUGGACGCGGCGUCAAAGGGUAGAACAACGAUCGUCGUCACUCACAGGCUAUCGACGAUUACAAAUGCUGAUAGGAUAGUGUUUAUAAAGGAGGGUCAGGUGGUUGAACAGGGUACGCACGAGGAACUGCUCGCCCUGAAAAAUCAUUAUUACGGAUUGGUCUCUGCUGACGCCAGUGCCACUGCCAGAGCGAAAGCGACGGCAUCAGCCGCAAAGACGGUCACCGCAGCCAUACCGAAGCAGAAACCACCGUUGAAGAGGCAAUUCUCCACUCUGUCGAUGCACUCUCAUCGGUUGUCGUUAGCCGGCGCAUCUGAGUGCUCGGAGAAUCAACUGGAGGAACACGAGAAGCCGUACGACGCGCCAAUGAUGAGGAUAUUCGGGCUCAAUAAACCGGAAUGGCCUUACAAUUUGAUCGGGUGUUUAGCAGCAGGCAUGGUGGGCGCCUCGUUCCCAGCAUUCGCUGUUCUCUUCGGUGAAGUGUACUCCGUAUUGGGUCUUCAAGAUGACGAAGAAGUACGCCACGAGAGUGUCAAGUUCUCGAUUCUCUUCCUGGUGGUCGGAGUUGUUACGGGCGUUGGUACUUUCCUGCAAAUGUAUAUGUUCGGAUUGGCCGGUGUGCGUAUGACCGCGAGGAUCAGAAAAAUGGCGUUCACCGCGAUGCUGCGACAGGAAAUGGGCUGGUACGACGAGGACACGAACAGCGUGGGUGCUCUUUGCGCUAGAUUAUCCACAGACGCCGGUGCUGUCCAGGGUGCAACGGGCACACGUGUCGGUGCGAUUCUUCAGGCUCUGUCGACCUUAGUCCUUGGAAUCGGAUUAUCCAUGUAUUAUACCUGGAAGAUGACGUUAGUGUCCGUCGUCUCGAUACCUUUGGUGUUGGGCGCAGUCUUCUUCGAGGCGAGAGUGAUGAGCGGCCAAGGUCUGCAAGAAAAGAAGAAGAUGGAGGCCGCGACGAGAAUCGCCAUAGAGGCAAUCUCGAACAUUCGAACUGUAGCCAGUCUUGGGAAAGAGGAAGCCUUCUUGCAGCGUUAUUGUGUGGAACUGGAUCUCGUGGCUAAAGCGACAAGAAUUAGAAAUAGACUGAGAGGAUUGGUAUUCUCGUGCGGUCAGACCAUACCAUUCUUCGGUUAUGCCUUGAGUCUCUAUUAUGGUGGUGCUUUGGUGGCUACCGAAGGUUUGAGAUACGAGAACGUGAUCAAAGUGUCGGAAGCGUUGAUCUUUGGAUCCUGGAUGUUGGGACAAGCCCUCGCCUUUGCUCCUAAUUUUAAUACCGCGAAAAUAUCGGCCGGAAGGAUAUUCAAGCUUCUAGACAGAGUCCCGGAGAUCACCUCGCCACCGGAUUCGGAAGACAAAGAUCUGGAUUGGAAAGCGGACGGCUUGAUUCAAUUUUCGAAAGUCGAGUUCCAUUAUCCGACAAGGCCUGAGAUGCAAAUUUUACAAGGUUUGAAUCUAAUCGUGAAACCGGGCCAGAUGGUCGCCCUGGUAGGCCAAAGUGGUUGUGGCAAAUCCACCUGCAUCCAAUUGUUGCAACGAUUGUACGAUCCGAUUUCUGGUACCGUGACUAUGGACAGGCGUGACAUCUCGUCGGUUUCGUUGCGCAAUCUGAGAUCUCAGCUUGGUGUGGUCGGUCAAGAACCAGUACUUUUCGAUAAAACGAUCGCACAGAAUAUCGCUUAUGGCGACAACUCCCGAACUGUAACGAUGGAGGAAAUCAUAGAAGCCGCUAAGAAGUCCAACAUACAUAGCUUUGUCAGCUCUCUACCACUAGGAUACGACACUAGGUUAGGUUCUAAGGGAACACAGCUCUCCGGAGGACAGAAGCAACGAAUCGCGAUCGCGCGUGCCUUGGUCAGGAAUCCUCGAAUUCUACUUCUGGACGAGGCUACAUCUGCUCUCGACACACAGAGCGAGAAGGUCGUGCAAGCGGCAUUGGACAAGGCCAUGGAGGGCAGGACGUGCAUCACCAUAGCGCAUCGUUUGGCGACUAUAAGAAACGCCGAUGUGAUCUGCGUGUUAGAGAAAGGAACCGUCGCGGAGAUGGGUACUCACGACGAUUUACUUUCAGCGGAUGGCCUGUACGCUCAUCUGCAUACUCUUCAAGAGAGCGCGAUAGAGUAGAGACGAAGGUGAAAUCGCGUCUCAUCGACGCUCCUUGCUUCGGAGGCGAAACAGCCCAACGACGAAGCAGACAGUAGUUUCAGUCGAGGCGUGUCAGGCCUGUAGCUCAGAAGUUAGCAGCAAGAAAUGGAUGAACUCCAGCAAGGCAACAAGAAUAGCAAAGAUUUUAUUGACUCGCCGGACGAAAGUCCACGGACACGCGUAUCGGAGCUUUCGUAAAUUUUCACACCGGCAAACGCUUCUUUUAUCUUCUCAGCUGGCCCUUAACUUUGUCAUAGACUUUCAACGAUAGUUUUCUUACAAUUUUAUUUAUACGUAUUUUCAAUUUCUUCGUGCGCCUCGAUAUUGCUAAGGAUUAAUUUUACAUGGCAAAUAAGAGGAACUCGAAGGAAGAGGAUGUUCGUAGCGAACUCUGAAUAUCAUUAGCUGUCUCGUCGAUAUUUUGUUCGUGCAUUAGACGUCGGAACACUCGCGUUUUCACGGUGCUUGCUCUUCUACAUGCCGGUUCUCGCGCCCAACCUAAAAGAGAACGAGCCACGGAUCCAAGAAACGCGAAACUUCGAUACAAGGAACAGAUCUUUGCGUCGCAGCAGCGAAUAAUCGCAACGGAAACGCGUCGGAUGGAUUACCAGCGAUCUUUCGAUUCACGCGUUACGUAACAACGAUCACCAUGGCGAGAACGAUAAAACGCGUCGCUGUCGAUAACACGUAAACGACAUUAAGCCUGUAUUUUCCAAAACGAUAUUCCCGUUUCUUCGUCUUCGUUCUUUUUACAUAGCCUUUACGACGCGACGUUCGCGAGAUCGCAGUAACGCAAUAGUCCUCGAUCCAUUCGAACGAAGAAGAUUCCGUAGAAUGGCACGUAGUCGCGAUCAGAUUCGAUGCAUGGCCUCGAACGAUCCCCUGAACGAUUCGUUGUUGGCCAGGAAUACCAAACUAGCCAUCCGAAAGAAACCGUGAAGGCGUUUGUUGAAUUCCUAUAUAGGAUAGCACUAUAAAUACGAUAGAAAUGGAAGAAACGCGCGAGUCAGACGCGUGCAUUGAAUUAAGGAGAAAGUGGGAUAGAGAGGAAGAUAUUCGCAUCGACUUAUGGGGUUGAUCAACAUCGACAGAGCCGAGCAAGAGGCGACAGGUGUUUCGGAAAACGGCACAUCGCGCACUACUCGACGAUGUCCUUCACUUCGAUAAUCUUCGGGCUACGUCCAAACGUAUGAAAAAUGUAUGAACGUAUCGUCGCGAUACAUCCCGCUCUUUUCUCUGCCUUACUCGCAAAACACGAAUUCAUCCACGGGACAACGUGUCAAUUGCGUCAAUCAGAACGUUACUAGAAAUCGUUGAAUUUUCGUGCCUUAGCAGCAACGUGUUCCGUGUUCAACUAAGAAAAAGAAAAAAAAAACACCCGAUAGUAAGAAAUAGAGAACGUAAUGGGAAGAGGAGGAAACAGAGGACCGGGAGGGUUUAGGUUGACUUUAAAUCAGGAAUAAGAAGACGAGUAAAGUCGUGACAGACGGAUAGCUAGUUGAGUUUUGAAAUGGCUCGGAUCGAUUCACCGAUUCGUAAGGAAUCAAAAGGAUGUACUACGUGAAAUCUUUGUAAAGUUGGAUGGUUUUAGCAGAGGAGGAGCGUAUCGUUCGCGUAGAGAGGCGUUCCUGGAUGUCGGCAAGUCGUCCAUCCGGUGCGGUGGUUGGAUUUCCGUGGUCGAACUUCGCGACAGAUACUUUCCUUGAACUUGUGCCUUCAUACUUGGUAUACUUAGCGAUAAGAUUCCGUCGGCUGCCCUCGAGGCUUACCACCUGAAUGGUCAUGUGCAACACGCGGCGCGACGAUAACAAUUUUUCGUAAAACUUGACUCUUUCGACUUUUUCCAACUGUCUAAAAUGUUAAUAAUAAUCAUUGUCAAAUUUGAUCUCUCUAUUACGGCGUAAAGUAUCUUCCUAAAUACUUCAGCUAAAUAUUAAUAUUUAGGUGUAAGACUUGAAAUGCGUUCUCGCGCCUGCGUGAUCGUACGAGGAUUUUCAACGACGUUGUCGACGCAGAGUACUUAAUUUAUCUCGAAAGAAACGAUCGAAAGAAGGCCUACGAUCAAAAUUUACAUCCGAUGAUCGAAGUAACAGUGCUUUAUUAACAUAGUGACAAUACAACGUAGUAGAUGUAGAACGCGUUCGAGCCAGGAACAAGCGUUUCGCGGUCGAAACGCCAUUCUGAUGUUUGCGAAUCAAGCAUACAACGAUCACCGGGAUCCGUGUACGAUCGGAAGAACCCGACGAUGUUGUGCUUCACUCGUGUACUUACGUGUGUUAAGCGUAUUGAAAUGGAGAACGAACAAGUACAAUCAGAUCGGCGCAUUGAAUGACGUAUGACGAUCAUUUCACAUCGUUUCGACGGUCAUUUCAUUUAAUGAAAUUCACGGUUCUAGAUGUCCUUUCUCGUUUGAAUCGCGAUCAUGGUGCUCGAUUCGUUGAACAAAUCAUCUCAGACUUAUUGUACCGAUCAAAAUUCAGCUUAGGGUUUAUUAUGUACUUUACAAAGAGAAUAUAUUAUUAUAUUAUACAGAUAUACAUAUUACGUAAGAAUUCGAUCGAGCACUAGACGGCAGAAUGAAUAGAAUGAAUAUGAAAGUGAGUGAGUGUGUGUGUGUGUGUAUGUGUGUGUGUGUGUGAGAGAGAGAGAGAAAGAGGGAUGACCUCUAGUGUGUAAAAGAUAUUGAAAAAUCGUUGCUUAAGAUUAAGGCUGCGGCCAGCGUAACUUAAGGGCAGAGAUUAAAACAAAAAUAUCUAUGUGAACGAGCGACGAUCGCUUGGUUCAACACGCGUGUGUCUUGUGAAACGGCGAAAGAAAGCAGCAGCGUGUGUUUCAUUUUUUUUCUCUCUUUCGUUUUUUGUUCUUCGUUUCUUUUUCUUUUAUCCUUUUUUUUUUUGUCAUAUAUCGAAAGCGUGUCGAGUUGUAAUUAUACAAGCGAUUUUCUAGACAGUAUGACGACAAAGAGGAAGUAUUAAUGUUUUUCGUCUUUUUUUUUUUCUUGUUAUAAGAAGAAAUGAAGCAGAUCGUACUGCUGUCAUAUACAAAUAAAUGGAACCAUAGUGGAAAAAAAGUA